AGGGUGCUGCCGUCUGGGAAGGAAGUCUGUGAGCCCUCUCUCCCUUUUUAACAUGAGAAUUCGAAAGCAGCGGGGGAAGUGAUGCUGGACCUAUCACAGCAUUGCUAACAGGCAGCCUAUUACAGUAUUUAAUAAAAACAGAAACAGCAUGCCUAUCAUAGGCUAAUAAAUCCUACCUCCUGCACGCUCUGAAACAGUGGGAAGCAGCUUUCACGGAGCUCCAGGCAACUAAUUCCAAGCAUGGCUGUCUAGCGUGCCUGUCACUCCCAUUGUCCUUCCAAACUCUCAGGCAUUUUGAGCAGGGAGUAUGAAAGCUCUGAGUUAGAAAGGGUUGUGGCAUUAGUGCCCACAAAGGCUGUGGGCACAGGAGGUGAUGACGGUCACCGGUGGCUGUUUGGAGGGCUGCGCUGGAUCGCUGUCAGGAAAAACUGAGCGUGGCUUUUGAGGAAGAUGUGACGGCUGCCAGAGGUCUUUCUGCCAAUCCUCCAGGACACCCACCAUAAGGAGAGGAGACCCUGGACCAACAUCCUCUAAGAUGUUUAUAUGGACCAGCGGCCGGACGUCUUCUUCCUACAGACAUGAUGAGAAAAGAAAUAUUUACCAGAAAAUCAGGGACCAUGACCUCCUGGACAAAAGGAAAACAGUCACAGCCCUGAAGGCAGGAGAGGACCGAGCCAUUCUCCUGGGACUGGCCAUGAUGCUGUGCUCCAUCAUGAUGUACUUUCUGCUGGGAAUCACACUCCUGCGCUCGUACAUGCAGAGCGUGUGGACCGAAGAGUCUCAGUGCACCUUGCUGAACGCGUCUAUCACGGAAACAUUUAAUUGCUCCUUCAGCUGCGGUCCAGACUGCUGGAGACGCUCCCAGUACCCCUGCCUCCAGGUGUACGUGAACCUGACUUCUUCCGGGGAAAAGCUCCUCCUCUACCACACAGAAGAGACGAUAAAAAUCAAUCAGAAGUGCUCCUAUAUACCUAAGUGUGGAAAAAACUUUGAAGAAUCCAUGUCCCUGGUGAAUGUUGUCAUGGAAAAUUUCAGGAAGUACCAACACUUCUCCUGCUAUUCUGACCCAGAAGGAAACCAGAAGAGCGUCAUCCUAACCAAACUCUACAGUUCCAACGUGCUGUUCCAUGCGCUCUUCUGGCCCACCUGUAUGAUGGCUGGGGGCGUGGCAAUUGUCGCCAUGGUGAAACUUACACAGUACCUGUCCCUGCUCUGUGAGAGGCUCCAGCGGAUCAAUAGAUAAAUGCAAAAGUGGAUAAAACAAUUUUUGUUAAAGCUCAAAUACUGUUUUCUUUCAUUCUUCACCAAAGAACCUUAAGUUUGUAAUGUGCAGUCUGUUAUGAGCUCCCUAAUAUAUUCUUGUACGUAGAGCAAUAAUGCAAAAGCUGUUCUAUAUGCAAACAUGAUGUCUUUAUUAUUCAGGAGAAGAAAUAACUGUUUUGUGUCAGUUGGUGGUUUCCAUAAUCUUAUUUCUGUGCUGGAACUAGUACUUUCUUCUCUCAGUCCACCAAAAUAAGGCUCAGUUAUUCAUCUGCCAAGCUUUGUGAAGGAAUGUAGGUGACAUCAAUGUGAUAAAGUCUGUGUUCUGAGUUGUCAGAUCUCUUGAAGACAAUAUUUUUCAUCACUCAUCGUUUACUAAAGCUACAGCCAAAAAUAUUUUUUCUUUUCUUGUUCUAAGCUGAGCCCUAUAGCAAGUGAAGGGACCAUAUUUCCUAAUUAAAGGAAGUUAGGUGCUUUCCUUGUAUUUUUUACCAUAUCACUGUAAAGAAGAGGAGAAACCCAGCCAGCUACUUUUUUCCAUCACUUUUUAUUUAUAACUUUAGAUUUUUAAAACUAAUUUCCAAAAUAUAAGCUGUUUUCAUUAGCCAAUUCUAUAAUAUCUUCCCGUGAUUUAUGUAGAAAAUGAACAGACCUCUUUUCCAUUUAAGACCCUGCUACUGUGUGAAGAGAUGAUACUUACAAGGCGUGUCAUUACCUAUGAGCUGACUGAAUCUUGGUAGGUGCUCCAUUACAAUCCAGAAAAGUCUGUGUUACUGAUAUUUGUGUGGAAAUAUUUAUUUCAUUUCAAUUUAACUGUUAGAUGGUAAAAUUAAGAUGCUACUUGCUGGUAAAAAUUGGUGGACUGGUUUCAAUGGGUAAAUCUGUUGUGGCAAAUUAACGUGUUGGAAUAUUGCUCUUUGGGAGUUUAUGUUUAUGAAUGUGUAGUAUCUUCUUCUGACAACUGUUCCCUACUGGGAUUUUAAAGCUAUGUGCACAGAAUAUUUGUCUCUUCUACAUGUUUUAUUUUUCUAUUUACGAUUCCCUUUUUGUUGGUAUAUUUUAUACACUGAACAGAUCUUUUUUCUAACACAUAUUUGAACUGAAUAACAGACAUAAAGCCUUCAUUCACAUUGCUAUUUACUUACUGUGUCUGGGGGAAAAUAGGUGGGAUUGACUUCAAAUAAAAACAUUCCAUCUUUCAUUUAACAUCAACAGCAAAAGAAGAAAACAAACAUCUAUCUUUCUCAUCUAUAUUUAAGUACCUUUUUGUAAUGUAGUAUCAAAGUUUUUUAGGUAUUGCGAAAUUUUACAAAUCAUUUGUGGAAUGAAUGGUAAAACUAAUCUGAUGAAGUGGAAAAUUAUUCUGCAAUAUUGUAAUUCAUAGUUUGACUUUUCAUAAGCAAAUAAAUCUCUAGGAUGUAAUCAGGACUUCAAAUGUGUAAUUAAAUUUUUUUUUAA